AUGGCUCAAUUCCCACCCAUGAAGAACGACCUUCUCCUGCGCGCUGCGCGUGGUGAGAAGGUCGAGCGCCCGCCCAUGUGGGUCAUGCGCCAGGCCGGUCGCUACCUGCCCGAGUACCACGAGGCCAAAGGCUCGCACGACUUCUUCGAGUGCUGUCGUUCGCCCGAGAUCGCCUCGACCCUGACUUUGCAACCCAUUGAUCGCUACGCCGGCCUCAUCGAUGGCUCCAUCAUCUUCUCCGACAUCCUCGUCAUUCCUCAGGCCAUGGGCAUGGAGGUCAUUAUGGUCGACAAGAAGGGCCCUCAUUUCCCUGAUCCGCUCAUGUCGCCCGACGACAAGCAGUACCAGGAGAUUAUGGAAAGAGAAGUCGACGUCAAGGAGAGUCUGGACUAUGUCUACAAGGCCAUUACUUUGACCAGACAGAAGCUCGAUGGCCGCGUGCCUCUGUACGGCUUCUGUGGCGCUCCUUGGACACUGCUCAGCUACAUGGUCGAGGGAGGUGGUACCAAGAUGUUCAAGCAAGUCAAGACCUGGAUCUUCAAGUACCCCGAAGAGAGCAAGAAGUUGCUGCAAAAGAUUGCCGAGCUUUGUGUUGAAUACCUCGCCCUACAAGUCGUCGCCGGUGCUCAGGUACACCUUACCCAUUCAUUCCAUCUUGCCCUGAGCUAA